CCGUCCCCUGGGUAAACUCCCGGGCUGAGAAAUUGGUUCCGAAUCCAACGGAACCCAGCGCUGGGCGACGGUGGGUCACGUGGCUGGCGGCCUCAUGACGUGCGGAUUGCGAGGCGUCACCGUGACGUUCGGGCGACCUGCCGAGUGGCCCCGCUACCUCCACCACCUAUACGGUGGCGGUGUCAGCAUGGACCUGGGCCCGAUGCGCAAGAGUUACCGCGGGGACCGAGAGGCAUUUGAGGAAACUCAGCUGACUUCCCUGGACCCCAUGAAGCAGUUUGCUGCCUGGUUUGAGGAGGCCGUUCAGUGUCCUGACAUAGGGGAAGCCAAUGCCAUGUGUCUGGCUACCUGCACCAGAGACGGAAAACCCUCUGCCCGCAUGGUGCUGCUGAAGGGCUUUGGCAAGGAUGGCUUCCGCUUCUUCACUAACUUCGAGAGUCGGAAGGGAAAAGAGCUGGACUCCAAUCCCUUUGCUUCCCUUGUCUUCUACUGGGAGCCCCUCAACCGUCAGGUGCGUGUGGAGGGCUCCGUGAAGAAGCUGCCCGAAGAGGAGGCUGAGUGCUACUUCCACUCCCGCCCUAAGAGCAGCCAAAUCGGGGCUGUGGUCAGUAACCAGAGUUCUGUGAUCCCCGAUCGGGAGUAUCUGAGAAAGAAGAAUGAGGAACUGGAGCAGCUCUACCAAGAGCAAGAGGUGCCAAAGCCGAAGUACUGGUAUAGAAUUGUUACAGAGAUACAUUUCGGUACUCAUGGAUCCCCUUCAGCUGCUCCCCUCCUCUGCGGGGGAUGACUCCUAGACACGGGUUUCCAUCCCUGCUGGAAUUACCCAGGAAGCGUUUGUCACACAUGGUUUCACUGGUCUGAGUGAGGUCUGAACUUUGGGGAACAUAAAAGCUCCCCAGGGACUUCUGUGCAGCCAAAAGUUGAGACCCCCGAGUUUAGAUCCUUGCUACUCCAUGUGAUCCACGGACCAGCAGCACCACCAUUUAGGAGCCCACCCUCAGCCCACCCAUGAAUCCCGUCCUGCAUUUAAUAAGCCCCCACCCCAGGUGACCGGUUUCAGUGUCCCCCACCUCCACAAAGCAAUGACCUCCCACCCUCACCAUGGGAUUCCUCAUCAGGCCUGGACUGAGGCCCGCGCUGAACUGUGUUUGCACACUUCUUGAGCACAAGUCUGGUGACCAAGGACAACUUGAACGAAUGGCCUCCAGGCUGUGGAGGGGAGCCAGGCUGGGUAAAUGUUUGCUGUGACUAAGCCAGAAUCUGAGAACUGUUAUUUUGCACGUUGGCAUGGAACUCACCAGCUCUGUAAACUGUUUCAUUCCUGUGUGGGCGUGCGCGCUGGUUUGGUGUCUGCCAUUCAUGGGCUCCUCCCAAGGGGCCCCUGUGGGGGGUUGAUCCCCCUCUUAAGCCUGAGUGUGGGAAGGCACGAUGCUAACCCUAUGGCCACCAAAGGAGAUGGUGCUGGGGUGCCCUUCUCUGCCUUGUCCCAUUACUAGGAGCUCUGUAUCCCCCACCCCCUAUCUGAGCCUGGGUUCAGCUGUUCCUCUCCUGUUCUUUGACAAUCACUGUGCCAAGUCUGUAAUAAAACUUGUUCAGCCGUG